AUGUCCGAUCUCAGUAAUAUACUAAAGAUCAAAGAUAAGCCAAGCUUCAACAUCAAGUCCACCAUCUCUCAAGACCGGACCAACACUGAAAAGCAACAUCAGCUUUUACUCACUGCUCUAGAGCGACGCCCUAAAACCACGCAGCUGAAGGGAGGUCGCUUCGAAAAAGGUAUCGGCAAACGCGACAAGGGUGCGAGUAGCUCGAACUCGAUCGCCAAAAAUAGUCUUUCCUCCAUUCUCAACGUGCCGGACAAACCAAAGAUCGAGAUCCCAGACAAGGACGUAGAACUGGUUAUGGACCAAGCAGGCGUCUCAAGAAACGCAGCCAUCGAAGCACUUGAACAGAAUGAUGGCGAUAUUGUGAAUGCGAUUAUGAGUAUAUCGGUGUAA